UUCAAAUUCUCUUCCUCUCUCAGUGUCAGAUCUUGGCCCCUCUUAUCUUAUUUUUUCUAUUUAUGUUUCCUUGAUUGUUACUACUUGAUAUGUUUCAUCUACUGUCAUCAUUACUCUCCCUUUACUUGCUUUGCUCACUUCAUUCACUACAAAAAUUCCUAGAUUUGUGUUUCUGAGCUCUGUAACAGGUUUGCUUUAUUUGUUCCUUGAUUAUAUGGGUUUGUUCUUAAGAUUAUAAUGAUGGGUUUUGUUACUAAUAGCAUUACUUGUAAAUUUUUUUUUUCUAAUUUGAUUUAGUCUUAAUAAUUUUGGGUCUAUUUCUUCAUGUGCAAUAAUGUACAACAUGGGUUUGUUGGAUAUUUUUUUUUGAUAUUGUUUUUUUUUCUCUUUUCCAAUCAUGCAAUUUUUUCCCCCUCUUUCCUGAUCAAAAUUGAUGGGUUUUUCCUCACUAUUUCAGUUAUAUGGGUCUGUUCUCAAGAUUAAGAUCACGGGUUUUGUCACUAAUAGAAUUAUCUGUAAUGGGUUUUGUUUCUCAUCUGAUUUAGUCUUAAUAAUUUGGUCUAUUGAAAAUAUUCAAAUGAGUACUUUUCUUUGGCUUCUUCAUGUUUAGUAAUCUGAUUAGGAUUUUGGAUCUUGGUUUGUUGAUAUAUUUAAAUAUGAUUAGAUUUCAUGCAAGUUUUUUCUCUCUUCUGUAAAUUAUAAAUCUUUUUGGGUUUAUAGGUUUACAAGGAAUACUGAUUGAGGUUUAUUAACAAUGAUAUUGUUCUUCAAUAUGAGUCUACACUGAAGAAAAUAGCUUUCCCCCCUCUGUGGAUUCCUCUGUUGAGAGCUUGUGCUGCAAGAUGCUCAUUACUGAGCCAUGGCUCACCAAACAAAGUAGCUGACUGCAGACCCCUUCAGCCUCUGACAAUACAUUGUACAUCUUUCCCCCUCUUUAUCAGCUUUGAAUCCUCAAAUAGUUUCAGGGAUUAAGGUUCUUUUUCAUCUGCCGGCUGGCUUUUUCUCCGAUGGUAAUUCACGGGUGGAUUAUCCUAUAGCGAGUCGAUGAUCGUGGUGGUCAGUGAGUGACGCUGGUCGAUCUUCCUCUCGAACAAGCCCUAAUUCCUCUCUGGAGAGGGGGCGACGACAAUGCUCGGCGAUGAAAAUCCUCGGUGACGGCAAUCCUCAGUGAUGGUGAUCAUCGGUGAUGCUCCGGAGGAUGGAAUUCUCGAAAGCAUCUAAAGAUUCCCGAGUAGCUUUCUUAAAAGGAGAAACGAGCCAUCACUAAGAUCUCCAUGGAUUUCUUGAAUUGCAUGUCUACCAUCUCCCACAAGAGCUCACUCGUCUUCAAAUGCUGUCUAUUAUUGCUUGUGCUCCUUGCAUUUCGAACUCUAAUGCUCUCUCCUAUACCAAAGAACUUCCCUUGGAUAGCUUCUUACCAUCUUUCAAAUCCUUCUCAUAACCCAAUCAGAAUCAAUAAAUUUUUGGAGGUUCCUCAAAUCAUAUGGGGCCUAAACAAUCAAAAGAUAGCCUUUGCUCGAGCUUGCUUAACAGCCAGACUCUUGAACCGAACUCUUCUUUUGCCUAGCUUAACUGCCAACUUGGUCUACAAAGAAAUUAACUUGUCUGAACCAAUUCCUUUCAACAAAGUCUUCAACUUUGAGAAAUUCAACUCUCUAUGUACUGGGUUUGUUCAAUUAGGCCAUUAUUCCAGUCUUUCAAACCGAACCAGUCCACUUGAGCUCCAGAAGGGAAGCGGAAGGAAGUGGACCAAGGAAAGAGAUUUGAGCCAACUGCAGCAAUUCAAAGAGGGCUCAUGUGAUAAGUUUGAAGUCAUUAGAAUCACUGGGAAAAACCCGUUCCUUUGGCAUGAUCAUUGGCCUGUAAAAGAUUAUGCAAAAGUUUUUCGCUGUUUGGCUUUGGUUGAUGAGAUAGAAGAAGAAGCAUCGAAAGUUAUCUCAAAGAUCCAAGGAGGGGAAAAUGUGCCUUACAUCGCGGUCCAUAUGAGGAUAGAGAUUGAUUGGAUGAUUCAUUGUAAGAAAGUGGAGCAAAGGCUUCAUACAUCCCAAAUUUGUAGCAGCAAAGAGGAAAUAACGAAUAGAGUUGCUAAAAUCGCUAGCGGUCUACCAAGGCCGAUUCCAGUGUAUCUUGCUAUCGCCGAUAGUCUACUGAAGGAUGGUUCAAUACUUAGUGGUUGGGAAGAAGGUUUAAUUCCUUUCGAGAAGAAGAAAUUGGGGGUUUGGGAUGUUUAUCAGAAGCAUCCUUAUAUCACCCAGGCUGCAAUUGACUUUGAGGUGUGUUUGAGGGCUGAUGUCUUUGUCGGCAACAGUUAUUCGACUUUUUCGAGUCUGGUAGUUCUCCAGAGAACAGAGAAUUGGAUUGAAAUGGGCAGCGGGGCUUCAUGUGGAGGUAAUUUGAGCUUUGCUUCGUACGCUUAUAACAUCUUGGGUGAAGAUGGUGGUGCUCAGAGAUGGAUGACUGAUAUGUCAGCCUUGAGUCUUGAAAGUAUCAGUUAUGGGACAAAUAACAUCUCAUGUGAAGUUGGGGGAAUGAGCUGAGUCUGUGAGAGGAGGUGUACGUUUGAGGAGAGGAAUAUUCUUUAAUUGAUCUGUGAAUGUUAAAACAGAACAACAUAGGAUUCAGUUAGAAGGCCUGCUCAUCUCUCUGUAUACUGUAGUUGUACACACACAGAAUCCAACAUUGAGGGAUAUACUCAUGUAUUCUCAUGGUUUACACUUUUUUUAACUUUUUUGAAGGUAAAUUUACCAUGUAUUCAUUUUCACGUAGUAUGCUUUUAACGGGUUGAAGAUUUAAUUGCAUUUAUUCUA